AUGGCCCUUUCUUCUCAUACCACUUCCACUGGUUUUCUCCUACCUUCAAUACAUUCUGCACCACCAUUUUUCACGAAGCAGCCCAAUCCCAUUACAAAUUCAACUGCGACCGAGCAAUGGAUCAGGCUAAUCUCAGAGUACGCACGGUUUAAACGGUUGUUUUACUUGAGAAUAGAUGACUGUGAGGCCACGGGAAACGAUUGGGAUGAAAUUCUUCGCAAUGAGCGCAUCAAUCGAAGAUUAUUACCCACUUACCUCAGCUAUAUAAUUGAAACGAUGAUUGAGAAGGGACUUGCGGAAUACGAGCCUCCAAAGCAGACACGAUCGGUCAUCUUGUACUGGCGGGCACCUGAAGAAUGGGCCGAAGCUCUUCACGGCUGGGUCGUGUCGACAGGUCGUCUGAACACCAUCAUGACCUUCUAUGAAAUCACCGAACCCGAAAUUGAGUCACCAUUAUCUGGCAUACCACUACCUCUAUUACGAAAAUGCAUCUCCAUACUUGCGAAAACAAAUCGGUCACAAAUCAUAGCGAUACCAGAUGGAGAAGGCGCUCGGUUUUUUGCACGUUCAACUUUACAGUGA